UGGAGGAGUGGGCUGAGGUGAGGGGCCAGGGUCCCAAGGGCUGUGGGGGUGUCUUGCUGCCUGAGUCCAGCUGCCAGGCCUCUUCAUAACCAAAGAUACCAUCAAGAUGCCCAAGAUGGAAAAAACUGUGCUCCAGAAUGAUUCCAAUGAAGCAGAGAAUGGAACCCAUAAGCCUGAAACACCAGAGCAAACCCAAGAAAACCAGAGCUUCUGUUUAGAUGACCACUCUGCUGCAAGCCGACCUGAAGUACUUUCUGUCACGGAUCUGAUAAAGACAGUUAAUGAAAUUUCUAAGCUUAGCAUUGCUCAUGAAAUCGUGGUAAAUCAAGAUUUUCACAUGGAAGACAGUGUAUUACCUCCCAACAGUCUGGAAGGCAGGAUUAUGGAGACAAUGUACAAGGCUUUUUGGGAUCAUCUGAAAGUCCAGCUAUCAAGUACUCCAGCUAACUUCACUCCUGCACUUGAACUCCUAAAAGAAGUUAAGGAGAUAUUGCUGUCACUGCUAUUACCACGCCAGAACAGCCUAAGAGAUGAGAUUGAAGAAGCUCUGGACAUAGAUCUCCUCAAGCAGGAAGCAGAGCAUGGGGCCCUGGAUGUCCCUCAUCUCUCCAACUACAUUCUUAAGUUGAUGACCCUGCUGUGUGCACCAGUCAGAGAUGAAGCAGUGCGAAAAUUACAGAGCAUAACAGAUCCUGUGCAGUUACUGAGGGGCAUCUUCCAUGUUCUGGGCCUGAUGAAAAUGGACAUGGUGAACUAUACUAUACAGAGCCUCCGACCCUACCUGAAGGAACAUUCUAUCCUGUAUGAACGAGCUAAAUUCCAGGAACUCCUCAACAAGCAACCCAAUCUCCUUGAUUGCACCACAAAGUGGCUAACCAAAACAGCUCUAGACCUCACUACACCACCUUCAAGUUCUCCUGACUCUCCCAGCUCCUCCGUCGUGGCCCGUUCAUCUCCAAAUUGGGCAGUGGACAACCCACAACUUCCCAGUUCCACAAUGGUGCUAUACCAGGGUUACCUGAACCUUCUUCUCUGGGAUCUUGACAGUAAAGAGUUUCCCGAGACUCUGCUAAUGGAUAGAAUCCGGCUGCGGAACAUGGAAUCCCAGUUGAAGCAGUUGGCCAUUCUUACCUCAGUCUUGCUAGUGGCCAGAAGUUUCUCUGGUAGUGCUUUAUUCAGCUCAACUGAAUUUGUGAAUAAACUGAAACACAUAACCAAGGCUCUGAUGGGGGAAUUUAACUCCAGGCCUGAAGAGACUAUGGUGAGUGUGAGUGAACAAGUGUCUCAGAAAAUCCAUGAACGCCUCAAAGACAUGGGCCUAACUGCCCUGAGUAGUGAAAAGAAAGCCUCUCUUAGAGGCCAACUUCAGAACAUUGCCAAGAAAGAGAACUGUGUUCGUAGCAUCAUUGAUCAGCGGAUCCACUUGUUUCUCAAAGGCUGUUUGGUUCGCGGGAUGCAGGAGUCUCUGCUAGACUUCCCUGUUGGCCUUAUUCUCAUCAAGGGGGAGCUGACAAAACUGGGUUGGAAGUUUUUCAAUCUGAUGCGUCACAAUCAGCAGGUAUUUAGCCCCUAUUAUGAUGAAAUCCUUAAAGAUAUCAUCCCUUCAGCUCAGGCACAAGAAACAGAAGUGGAGUCUAUCUGAUAGUGCCAGACCCCAGUCUGGCCAUAGGGACCCAGGAGAGAGGGCUAAGUAUGUUCCUGGGAUGACAUCACCUGUGCCCAGCAGAGUAGCCUCUUCCUCACUUCAAUCUGGACUCAAGGUUGCAGGAUUCCAACAUGUAAAUACAAACUGGCCCAGCCCCCUUCAUAAUAAACUUCUGUGCUGCAAGAAAACCUCA